GCGAGGCUCGCUCGGCGCCGCUACUCGGGGGCGGGGAGGGCGGAAAGCCGGGCCGGGCGGCGGGGCCCACCGAGCCGCUGGGGGAAGUAUUUACAGUCUCUUUCCAGUUUUGAAAUAGAAGCUGAGAAGCAGAGAACAUGUUGGAAACAAUUGAUACUCAUCGGGCCCUCCAGGCCAUGGAGCGCUUACAGACAAAACUUCGGGAUCGAGGUGACAUUGCAAAUGAGGAGAAACUGAGCCUAUUAAAAUCAGUGCUGCAGAGUCCUCUUUUUAAUCAAAUUCUGAGCCUUCAGACUUCUGUUCAACAACUGAGAGAUCAGGUAAAUAUUACUCCUUCCAUACAUUCCAGUGGUGAAUUCCCUCAGCUUCUCCAUCAUGGUGUGAACAUGGGGUCCUUGCCACUUAAUGAGUCAUAUUUGUUGGCUCAGCAGAAUGGCAACCCAGCUAAUGUGUUAGAAACAUCAAUGAGGUCCAUUACUCCUCAGAUUAAUGGGAAAUUCUCCAGUGAUGACUUUGAGCAGCUGAUCAGAAACAUGUCCCAGGGUCGUCUUGUUGAGACAAUUGACCUUAUUAAACCUCUAAGUGGUGGUCUGGGCUUCAGUGUUGUGGGACUCAAGAGUGAAAACAGAGGAGAACUAGGAAUAUUUGUGCAAGAAAUCCAGGAGGGAAGUGUGGCACAUAGAGAUGGAAAGCUGAAGGAAGGAGAUCAAAUCCUUGCUAUUAACGGACAAGCUCUUGAUCAGACAAUUACACAUCAACAGGCUAUCAGCAUUUUGCAGAAGGCAAAAGAUAAUGUCCAGCUAGUUGUAGCUAGAGGCACUUUUCCUCAGAUCAUCAGUCCUGUAGUUUCCCGGUCUCCAUCUGCUGCUAGCACAGUUUCAGCCCAUUCCAACCCGGUUCACUGGCAGCAUGUGGAGACCAUAGAGUUGGUCAAUGAUGGAUCAGGUCUGGGAUUUGGGAUAGUGGGAGGAAAGUCAACUGGCGUGAUUGUUAAAACCAUCCUUCCGGGAGGGGUGGCCGAUCAGCAUGGAAGACUGUGUAGUGGAGAUCACAUCUUGAAAAUUGGUGAUACAGACCUAGCUGGAAUGAGCAGUGAGCAGGUGGCGCAAGUUCUAAGGCAGUGUGGAAAUAGAGUGAAAUUGGUAAUUGCAAGAGGUCCUGUUGAGGAACCCCUUCUACCCGCAGUUCCUCCAGGAACACCAGUACCCACCUCUACACCAGAGAAACGGGAUGAUGCUUCUGUUGAUAGCUGUGAGGAUGGGGAGAAAUUCAAUGUUGAACUCACUAAAAACAACCAGGGCUUGGGAAUAACUAUUGCUGGUUACAUUGGAGACAAGACAUCAGAACCUUCUGGUAUCUUUGUGAAAAGCAUUACAAAAGGCAGUGCUGUUGAACAUGAUGGCAGAAUCCAUGUGGGAGAUCAAAUUAUAGCUGUGGAUGGAACAAAUCUUCAGGGUUUCACUAACCAGCAAGCAGUUGAUGUUUUGCGGCACACGGGACAAACGGUUCGGCUUACUUUGAUCAGAAGAGGUCUUAAACAGGAAAAUCGUAUUCCACCCCAGGAAGACUUCAGUGCUCCUGUUGAGCAGGACUUAUUAUUCCAAACAAGGGAUAGUACCACAGCCAAAGAUAACAAUGAAACAGAACAGGAAUCCCCAUCACUGCCAUGCAGUGCCAGUGUGGUAAAUAUUGGAGAUGACAUGAAACAACAGGAAACAGGUUCUCAAGAUUUCCAGCUAACUAGUACAGAAGAAGCAGCUGCAAAGAUAAAAUGGCAGAGGAUUAUGGGUUCGAAUUAUGAAAUAGUGGUGGCUGUGGUUAACAAAUUUAGUGAAAGCAGUGGGUUAGGGAUAAGCCUUGAAGCUACAGUGGGUCAUCAUUUUAUUAGAUCUAUCUUACCUGAAGGGCCAGUCGGACGAAGUGGCAAGCUGUUCAGUGGAGAUGAACUGCUAGAAGUGAAUGACAUCUCUCUGCUUGGAGAAAACCACAAGGAUGUGGUCAGUAUCUUGAAAGAGCUGCCUAUUAAGGUGACAAUGGUGUGCUGUCGUCCAGUAGCUCCACCUGUCACUCAACCAGAAAUACUAGACAGUCUAAGCCUGUCUGAAGUUCAGCUCACAGAAAAGGGUCACAUAGAACUUGGAUUCGUCGGCUCCUCAGACACAGAGGGAACAACUUUGGAAACAGCUGAUGAGGGUCAGAGUAUGGAAGACGUGCAAAGCUCAUCUCUGGCAAUGUGGGAAACAGAAAUACAGCACAUUGAGCUGGAGAAAGGGAGUAUGGGGCUUGGAUUUAGCAUAUUGGACUAUCAGGAUCCUGUUGAUCCAGCAAACACUGUAAUUGUAAUUCGCUCAUUAGUUCCUGGGGGUGUGGCUGAGCAAGAUGGCAGACUUCUUCCUGGAGAUCGGCUUAUGUUUGUCAAUGAUAUCAACUUGGAAAAUGGCAGCCUGGAGGAAGCGGUGCAAGCACUGAAAGGAGCCCCAACAGGAACAGUUAAAAUAGGAGUUGCCAAACCAUUGCCUCUUUCACCCGAGGAGGGCUAUGUCUCUGCUAAGGAAGAUUGCUUUUUCUACGCUGCCCAGUCACUUGAGGAAGAGGGGCCAGCUGAUGCAGCCCUCUUCCAUGCUGAGCUGGCUCUGGUGGACUCUGGCGAGGCAGAUCUAGCGGAUGAGUCCACCUUAGAAUCACGGUAUUCUCUGGAGAGAGACGUCUUCCAGGACUCAGUGACAGCUCUGCACGACAGUGCCUGUAGCGGUGAGGUGAACGACAGCUUCUCUCUUCCCUUAUCAACUCCCAAGUCUGUUGGAGAGGAAUGCCCAAAUACUACAGGUGAUUUCCAUGUAUCUGAGAAGAGUCUGUACAACAUGAAUCUGAAUCAGAGACUGAGAGAUGAAAAAUCUGUAGUGGAUAGUAGCCUGGAAACUGCAAGUGAUUUUACUAAAAUAGAUCUUCUGACUCUGGAGGUUUCAGAUAUCAACCAGAAUGAAAGUGAAAAUACAGCAACAUGGGCAACAUCUCAGACAACAUCAGAAGUUGUACUAAAUACAAGCCUUGCUACUACUACACAGCUUGAUCCCAAUGAAAAAGAUCAAUUGCUUUUAAUGGAAAAGAGAUGCCCAGUAUCUUUGGAGGGAAAUUCCACACCCCAAAAUUCAGUCAAAAACAUGUAUGAGAAGACUAUCACUAUUGCAAAAGGCAAUUCAAGCCUAGGGAUGACAGUAAGUUCCAAUAAAGAUGGUUUGGGAAUGAUAGUUCGCAGUGUCAUCCAUGGAGGCUCAAUAAGUCGCGAUGGACGGAUUGGUGUGGGGGACUGCAUCCUGUCCAUUAAUGAAGAGUCAACCACUAACUUAACCAAUGCACAGGCCCGGGCUAUGCUGAGACGACAUUCGCUCAUUGGACCAGACAUAAAAUCUUCUCCAGCACCUGCUGAUGAUCAGGCCCUGUGUUAUGUUAUUACAUAUGUGCCAGCAGAAAAUUUAGACGAGUACAGGGCCAGUCUGGGACAACAGACAGAGGGAACAGUGCCACUUGAACUUUUUCCUUCACAUAUUGUCAGGGAACUUCCAGAGCUUCCAGAACGUGAAGAGGGGGAGGGAGAAGAAAGUGAACUUCAAAAUGCAGCUUUCAGUAACUGGAACCAGCCCAGAAAGGUUGAACUCUGGAGAGAGCCUAGCAAGUCAUUGGGCAUCAGCAUUGUUGGAGGACGAGGGAUGGGAAGCCGCCUGAGCAAUGGAGAAGUGAUGAGAGGGAUUUUUAUCAAACACAUCCUGGAAGACAGCCCAGCUGGCAAAAAUGGAACACUGAAAACUGGAGAUCGGAUUGUAGAGGUGGAUGGAAUUGACCUCAGAGAUGCCAGCCACGAACAAGCUGUGGAAGCCAUACGGAAGGCAGGCAAUCCUGUAGUCUUUAUGGUACAGAGCAUUAUAAGCAGACCAAGGCCAGAGUCUCUUUAUAGCCCUUCUUCAGCUUCUGCUCCCUGUGGGCAGAAAACUACUAACCCAUUUUAUCGUCAGUCAUCUAAGAACCCUUCCCUGCCUUUUCUGCAGAACAGUGUUUUCAGUAGGCCAGCUGUCUUCAGCAGCACUAACCCAUUUGCUGAUUCUUCUCAGUUCAACACUGCUAAGGAGGUAUCGAAUCCAAUUAGGGUUACCUUCCGUUGUUCCCCAACUAACCCUUUUGCUCCCACACCAUUCAAGGCAUUUGGUCAGUCUGAUACGGAGCCAGAAAAGACUUCGCUUUGUAACUUGCCUCUGCCCCCUCCUUCAGCAUUUUCAGGAAUGAGCUCUGAUGUUGCACAGUCAUCUUCUAUCAGAGUUCCAGAAGAUGUGGAGAAGGAGGAUGAGUAUGGUUACAGCUGGAAAAAGAUCGUGCAGCGCUAUGGAAAUCUACCAGGGGAGCUACACAUGAUUGAGCUGGAAAAAGGAAAGACAGGUCUGGGACUUAGUCUUGCUGGUAACAAAGACCGAUCCAGGAUGAGUGUCUUUAUAGUGGGAAUUGAUCCAAAUGGAGCAGCUGGAAAAGAUGGCAGGUUGCAGAUUGCAGAUGAGUUGCUAGAGAUUAAUGGUCAAAUCCUUUAUGGAAGGACUCAUCAGAAUGCUUCUUCAAUAAUCAAAUGCGCACCAUCUAAAGUUAAAGUAAUCUUUAUCAGAAACAAGGAUGCAGUAAAUCAGAUGGCUGUUUGCCCUGCAAAGUCAGUAGAGGCUUCACAGUGUACUUCAGGGACACUUCAACAUCAAGAGAUUGACAUCAGUGUUGCAAACCCGAGUGCAUUUUCUGACUUAAGUUCAUGUAAAAAGAUUCAGUAUGUGGAACUUCCUAAGGAUCAAGGAGGCUUUGGAAUUGCCAUUAGUGAAGAAGACACAACUAAUGGAGUAGUUAUUAAAAGCUUAACAGAUCAUGGUGCAGCUGCAAAGGAUGGACGUAUCAAAGUUGGAGAUAUGAUUCUGGCAGUGGAUGAUGAAAUUGUUGUGGGAUAUCCUGUAGAAAAGUUUAUUGGUCUCCUGAAGACAUCCAAAUCUGUGGUGAGGCUUACAAUCAACCCAGCAGAGACAGAUAACCUGACUACAGCACCAGCCCUUCCCAUCACUGUCCCAGCAGAGAAGAGGAAUAUGCAACUUGCAGCAGCUGUCCCAACUUCCAGCUCACCAGAACCAGAAGCAGUCAAAAACACAAGCAGGUCUUCAACUCCAGCCAUGUUAACCUCUGACCCAGCUACUUGUCCCAUCAUUCCUGGAUGUGAAACAACCAUUGAUAUCUCCAAAGGAAGGACUGGUCUUGGUCUGAGCAUUGUUGGAGGAGCAGACACUUUGCUGGGAGCAAUCAUUAUCCAUGAGGUAUAUGAAGAAGGAGCAGCAUCUAAAGACGGACGACUGUGGGCUGGUGAUCAGAUACUAGAGGUGAAUGGAAUUGACCUCAGGAAUGCCACACAUGAUGAGGCCAUUAAUGUCCUCCGUCAGACACCCCAAAAAGUUCGCCUGACUGUGUACAGAGAUGAAGCCCAGUACAAGGAGGAAGACAUGUAUGAUGUGCUGAAUAUAGAGCUCCAGAAGAAGCCUGGUAAAGGCCUUGGGCUGAGUAUUGUUGGGAAAAGAAAUGACACAGGUGUGUUUGUGUCAGACAUCGUCAAAGGAGGAAUAGCAGAUACAGAUGGGAGAUUGAUGCAAGGAGACCAGAUAUUGACAGUGAAUGGAGAAGAUGUCCGAAACGCUAACCAGGAGGCUGUUGCAGCUUUGCUAAAGUGUUCCUUAGGUACAGUAAGACUAGAGGUUGGAAGAAUAAAAGCUGGGCCGUUUCACUCUGAAAGGAGAACAUCCCAGAGCAGCCAGGUCAGUGAAGGAAGUGGAAGUCUCUCAUCCUUCAGUUUCCCAGUGUCUGGGUCUGGUGCACCUGAGGUCUUUGAAAGUGGCCUAAAGAGACAUACCACAGCUUCUGAAAUACAGGGACUAAGAACAGUUGAAAUAAAAAAGAACCCUACAGAUUCACUAGGCGUGAGCAUUGCUGGAGGUGUAGGAAGUCCUCUUGGAGAUGUUCCUAUAUUUAUUGCCAUGAUGCACCCGAAUGGACUUGCAGCUCAGACUCAGAAAUUAAGAGUUGGGGACAGGAUUGUUAGCAUCUGUGGAACAUCUACUGAGGGCAUGACUCAUUCCCAAGCUGUUAAUAUCUUAAAAAAUGCUUCAGGCACUAUUGAGUUGCAGGUUGUAGCUGGAGGAGAAGUGAGUGUCAUAACUGGUCAGCAGCAGGAUCCACCUAUGCCCAGUCUUUCGUUUUCAGGACUAACUUCAACUGGCAUUUUUCAGGAUGAUUUAGGACCUCCUCAGUACAAGACCAUUACUCUGGACAGAGGACCAGAUGGCCUUGGCUUCAGUAUUGUGGGUGGCUAUGGCAGUCCCCAUGGAGACUUACCCAUUUAUGUGAAGACAGUGUUUGCAAAGGGUGCAGCAGCAGAAGAUGGACGCCUCAAGAGGGGGGACCAAAUCAUUGCUGUGAAUGGGCAGAGUUUAGAAGGGGUGACUCACGAGGAAGCAGUUGCUAUUCUGAAAAGGACCAAAGGAACAGUCACUUUGACUGUGUUGUCAUGAACUGGCUGCCUGACAGGCUUGGGUCAAUAAGACAAUAUUGUUUACUUUCCACAUAGUAAAGAGAAUGGAAAUGUUUGGGUAGUCUUCUUGCUCUUUCAGCUUCACAGGACUGUGUUACAACACUGAAGAAAAAUAACAUUUAAACAUAUUUUUGUAUACAUUAGAAGUAUUUCUCUUCCUGUCAAACCACUGGAAUGAAAUUAUGUUGACAAUGAAAACACAAGGAUAUUUUUCUUAUUAGUAAUUCACCACAAAAAAAUGUUGCCAUUAAUAACCACACAAGAAAGUUGAAAAGCAGAGGCUGCAUAUUUGAAUAAUGUUGGAAAAAUGAUAAAUUCACCAAGUCAGCACGGAGGUUGCAGGGGUAGCAGUAGGCAGAAAACAUGAAUAAGUUUAUUGAAGAAAGAAAAUAUUACUAAAUCAGAGAUUUGGGAGAUAAGGGGAAAUGUAUGUAGUCUGGUGGCAGAUGGUUAAUAGACUAGAUGGUUCUUUGGAACUAGGCAAUUUUUAAGGUUCCUUUCAACCCAGACUGUCCAAUGACCAUAUUAUUUCACAAUGCUCAAUAGGAGAAACUAGUUUGGUGACCUGGGUGGAUUUUUUUGCUUGUCUUUUUGUGUUUUUAAAUUUUUAUAAGUCAUGGCGUAUCUGAAAAAAAAAAAAAAAAAGAACACUGUGUUUCACUUGG